AUGCCCACCAAGAACCCUGUUGACGUGCGCAUCACGAAAUUUAAAAAUAAAGGGAAAGAUGUAUCCAAACUUCGAGAGAAAAGGAUCUCUGAGUGCGUGGAGCUGCGCAAAGCUCAGAAACAGGAAAGUUUCCUGAAAAGGAGAAACAUAACGCUGUCGUCGCUCCCCGACGAGGACGCCCUUUCACCCGACAACAGCGAGCCAUUGAACCUGAGGAUCGAGGACAUAAUUACAGACGUGAACAGUCAGUGCAGAGAAGCCCAGACUCGAGGCUGCCAGGCCGCCAGGAAACUGCUUUCUAAAGGCAACGAUGUUCCUCUGAAGGAGAUCAUUGAUGCCGGCCUGCUGUCCCGUUUCGUGUACUUUCUGACCAUGGAUGAUGAGCCGACCCUCCAGUUUGAAGCAGCCUGGGCCCUCACAAACGUGGCCUCUGGGACCUCUUGGCACACACAACAGGUGGUGGAAAAUGGAGCUGUACCAGUUUUCAUCAACUUGUUGGCCUCACCAAUGUUGCACAUCAGUGAACAAGCUGUAUGGGCUCUUGGAAACAUAGCAGGUGAUGGUGCAGCUUAUCGAGAUGUCCUUAUUGAGUGCAAUGUUGUCCCUGCCUUGCUAGCUCGCAUCUGCCCAGACACACCAGUUGGCUACUUGCGUAACUUAACGUGGACGUUGUCCAACUUGUGCCGAAACAAAAACCCAUGUCCACCUUUGUCCGCAGUCCAGCAGGUGCUUCCCUCCUUGAUCCAGUUGCUCCAUCUCAAUGAUAAGGACAUCUUAUCUGACGCGUGCUGGGCAAUCUCUUACCUUUCAGAUGGCACUAAUGACCGAAUUGACAUUGUAGUGAAAACUGGCAUUGUUCAGCGACUGGUGGAGCUUAUGAACCACAAGGACCUCUGCGUCAUGACCCCAGCUCUUCGUUCCAUCGGUAACAUCGUGAGUGGCUCUGACCUUCACACCCAGAUGGUGAUAGAUGCUGGAGUCCUCACUGUCCUACCCAAGUUGAUGAGGCACUCAAAAGCUACUGUGCAGAAAGAGGCAGUGUGGGCAUUGUCAAACAUUGCCGCUGGACCAUGUAAGCAAAUCCAACAGCUGAUCACUUGUGGCCUGCUUCCCCUACUCGUGGACCUGCUCAGAAAUGGAGACUUCAAGACUAAAAAGGAAGCGGUGUGGGCAGUGACCAACUUCACCAGUGGGGGCACUGUAGAACAAGUUCUCCAUUUGGUGCAGUGUGGCGCUCUAGAAGCAAUAAUCGACCUAUUGCAGGUCAAAGAUGCAAAGGUCAUCCUAGUCAUUCUGGAGGCCAUCAACAAUAUGUUUAUGGCUGCAGAGAAGCUUGGUGAAACGGACAAGCUUUGUCUGCUGAUUGAAGAGAUGGGAGGGCUGGAACGUAUUGAGCUGCUUCAAAACCAUGACAAUGAUGUGGUGUACCAGGCGGCACAUAACCUUAUCGACAAGUACUUCAGUGAUGCUGACCAUGAUGGGCUGCAUGUUGAUGCUACACAGGAUGUAUUUAAGUUUAAGACAUCUGAUGUUCAGAGAACCUUUGAAUUUUGAAUGAUUGUUUAGACAAAUGAGGUUCUUUCCCAG